UAAAGCGCUUAGAAAAAAGAUUUCUGAUGUGAAUUACAGCAACGUUAUUAAUUGUUUAAAAUGGGGAGAAAGUCAACAAUAGGAACUGUUUGUUGUGGUGUACUUGGACUGGUAUUUUUAAUUGUUGGAUUAGCAAUGAUACCAGUUUUUAAGAAUCUCAUUAAGAAGAAGAUUAAAGAUAAUAUACCAAUAGCUAGACACUCUGAAACAUUUGAGGAUUUUAUCACUCCACCUGCACCAAUCUAUUUUCAAAUCUGGGUGUUUGAUGUUGUAAACCAUUUGGAAGUAAUAAAAGAUGGAGCUAAACCUUACCUGUACCAGAAGGGACCCUAUACAUAUAGAGAAGAGAGAUUAAAAGUAAAUGUGACAUUUCAUGAUAAUAAUACUGUGUCCUAUCGUGAGAAUAGGUGGUUUGUAUUUGAGGAAGAAUUAUCAGCCGGUCCACAAAGUGAUAAUUUCACCACUGUAAACAUUCCUGUAGCUUUGAUAGAUAAUUUGAUAAAAAAUGAAUAUGGUUGGAUACAAGAUUUAGUUGAAUUACUGUUUCAAGUUACAGCUGAAGAUGUAUUUAUUACUUUAUCAGUAGAAGAUUUAAUGUGGGGAUAUGAAGACCAUUUACUUAGACGAGCUGCAGAAAUAUUAGCUAAUUUCAAUAUCACAUUUGAUGACCAUUUUGGUUUGUUUAAAGGGCAAAAUGGUACUGAUGAUGGAUUAUAUACAGUAUUUACAGGCAAAGGAGAUAGUAGUAAACAUGGUGUUAUUAAUGAAUGGAAUAAAAUGAAAACAUUGCCUUAUUGGACGUCUGCUACUGCAGCCAUGAUAAAUGGAUCAGAUGGCACAAUGUAUCCACCAUUUUUAGAUCAAGACAAACCAAUAUAUGUGUUUUCUUCAGAUGUCUGUCGAUCCCUUAAUCUAGUGUAUAAGUAUGAUUAUGAUUUAAAAGAUAUUAAAGUUUAUCGCUUUGUUGCUCCUCCUAGUUUAUUUGAGAAUUCUACAGCUAAUCCAGCUAAUAAAGGAUUUUGUACUAAAGCAGAAGGUUGUUUACCAUCUGGUGUUGUAGAUGUUAGUGCUUGUAGAUCUUCUGCACCUAUAGUUUUAUCCCAGCCCCAUUUUCUAGCAGCAGACCCGUCCAUAAUAAACAGCGUUAUUGGUUUACAUCCUAACACUGAAGAACAUCAGACAGUUCUUGAUGUAGAACCAAUGACUGGUACUACAAUGAAUGCAGCAAAAAAAUUACAGAUUAAUAUUCACAUUAUGAAUGUUUCUCAUAUUGUAGAUACCACCAAAGUAAAGUCUAUGUUUUUACCUGUACUCUGGUUAAAUGAGAGUGCAGUAAUAGAUAAUAAAUCUGCUGGUAAAUUUAAAGAUAAAGUACAGCAACCUGUUAAAAUAACUCAAGCUAUACAGUUUGGUUUAAUUACUGUUGGUGUUUUUGUACUAGUAUGUGCUCUAGCGUUUGUGGGCAAGAAAAUGUUAUGUAAAUCAAAUAAUGAACCAUCAGACUUACAACCGAUGAUAACAUAAGUUAAAGGCAAGAACAGUGUAAACCAGCAUAUUUGUCACAACAAAUUUAACGAAUUCAAAAUCAAAAAAUUGAUAGUUUGAUGAAUUUAUGGGGUUUUUCUGGACCUCUUUUUAAUUUUUUUUAUUAUACAAGAUUUAUUUUUAAUUUAUAUUAAUUUUGUCUUAUUGUAGCAAUACAAAUUGAAUAUUCAUUGUUUUCUAUUGCCACAAAUUAACCGCCAACAUAUCUCAUCUGAUACUAUCUAGUUAAAGAUGCAUUCUUAUCAUUUUUACUUACUUGAGUAAAGGAUCAUCAGCAGGGUAAAGUCCUUAAAACCAUUAAAAUGUUGUACAACUGCAUCUACCUGUAACUUUAUAUUAAAACCUAAAAUGGCUCUUUUUUUACCAACUGGCAUAAUGCUAUACAUAAAUCCAUAUAUUUUAUAUGUAGUAUUAUAUUUUAUAGUUGUGUGGGUAAUAUCAUUGUGAUAAUAAAUUGUCUUUCAAUUUUCAAAAGAUGGGAUAAAUUUUAUAACCAAUGUUGACAGGGAACGAAGUAAUCAGAAAAGCAAUAAAAUUGAUUAGAUAGUUGGAUAAUCAACAUUGUAGUAAAGAGAAAGGAGAGGUUAUGAAUAAAAUCUAUGAUUUUUCAUGGACGUCAAAUUGGGAUUUGUUGUGAUUUUAACAAGUAAAUAUAUAUGAAACGAUGAACAAUUUUGUAAAUAUCUUGGCAUAUUUUGUUAAAUAUCUUGGCAUAUUUUGUUACAUAUCUUGGAAUAUUUUGUUAAAUAUUAAGGGGUAAAAAACUUAAUUUGUCUAACAUCUAUCAUAAGACACAUACCAGUAUCUUCAUUUAUUGAAAAAACUGUGUCUACAUAAUAGUUAAAUAGUGUAUGGCACAUCUACUACAAAUAGUUUUGUAUAUAGAAUGAAAACCAUGACAUAUUUAUUUUUUCAUCAAUUGCCUUUUGAUUCACUUAUCAAAACAUUCUAGUUUAUUAUCUACCUCUUAGAAUUUUUCGAUGUAUAAGACUCAUUGCUUCUACAUAUUUCAUAUUUUGUGAGCUGCAAAUGAUAAUGCAUGAAAUGGCUGAUGAUGUUUAACUCAAAUCAAAUUUUAAAAACAACUAUAAAAACAGGGGUAAAAAAUGUUUUUCAAUUUUCUUUAAAAUGAUUUGAACAUAUUUCUAUAGAAGAGUAUAUCUUUCAUAUCAGUUACUUUGCGUUUUGCUACUGAUGUCACUGUGCGGGGGUAGAUGGCCGAAUGGUUAGCGUGUGUGUGUUGAAUCAUAAGGUCUGUCAUUGGGUCAACUGGCGUGGUUUCGAUUCCCCGAUUGUACGUGACAAGGAGUAGGGUCGCCUGUCCAACCUUGUGUUUUUCUCCAGGUCCUUCAGUUUCCUCCCACUGCUAAAGACCCCUACGCACAAGCGAAUUAUUGAAAAGAAAUUGAACCAUAUGUUAUUCCCGAAAUGACGUAGUUUAUGUUCUUAUACAUCCAAAAAUAUUAUAUUCCAAACUAUAUAAAUUAAAUGUGUAACCUCAUUAUAUUUUAUCAAACAUAAUGUUUGGAUAUAUAUAUUUAUUUACACACGGUUUAUUUUGAUUUUAUAAAUGUUGUACAUAAUUUAUGUUAUCUUGACUGUUAAAAUUGUUAAUAGAUCACUGAAUAUUAAUAUGUAAUUUAUAUCAAAUUAUUCUUCUGUGCCUUUGUAUAUAUUCAGCUAUUAUUGAUACCCAACUUCGCCCAGGGCCCAAAUUCGCAUGGAGCCCAAUUUGCCCAGAGCAUAAUUUUGCCCAGGGUCCAAAUUCAAUGGCUAAAACAUUCACGGUGUCAUGCUGGUUAAAUUGAUACCACAUCUUGGGCCAUAAUCCCAUAAUCCAUUAAGUUACAGUCCGAUUCAUGCCAAUACUAAAAGUAAUCAAGGGCUUAGGGAAAUAAACCAUAAACCUAUAUUUUUAAUUUUCGGCAAAAUCGGAUAAAAAUUGUGUCCUGUACAGUGUCUACCAACAAAAUGUGAAUGGACGGAAGUCCAGAUGGACAGAAGCAAAUGGGGGCUGAGUGAGGCGACAAAUCAGGAUGGGUGAACAUACACACAUAUAUACACACUUUGAUUUUAUUUAUAUAGAUAAAACAUUCGAACAGCUAAACCGAAUUGAUUUAGAUAAAAGUAUAUUAUGGAGGUAAACCUCAUUAAUUUUGAUAAAAUUAAAAUAGAUCAAUCUGAUGUGUUAUGUGAUGAAAAAUUGUUUCGGUUCAGUGUGCCAAAAUUGAGACAUUGACAGUUCACAAGAUGUAUUUUUAUCUUCAUCGAAAUUUGCAUCCUUAAACUCAGCUUAAAUAAACAUUGUCAACUGUUGAACACAAAAUUAGUUAAUCCCCAUAUUUUCUGUGUUGAGAGACCGGACAUUUUAAAUAUCUACUUAGGGUUACAAAUCAAUGUAUCAAUUUUAAUUAAAUAGAGUUUUUUAGUUUUUUAAAACCCAAUUCAAAGCCAAUCUGAUUAAAACACAGAUCCCAUUGGGUUUCUUUUUUUUUAUAAAGUUCAAAGGCCAUUGAAGUAUAAAAAAACAAAAUAAAAUAAAGAUCUAUGAUUUAAUCAGAUUGUAUGAAAGCUAUCAUAAUAUUCUUCUGAUAAUUAUAUGUAUGGUUAUAGAGAAUUAUACAUGUAUAUCUUUUGUCACAUUGUGCCACUCCCAUUUCUAAAUAGAAUGAUAAUCAAAGCGAAAACCUAGCAUGUAAAUGGGCCACAGUUGUCAUCAAGCCAUUUAAGGAUUCGUACCAGUCGGCAACAAUUACAUGCUUAUGAAUCAAUAUCAAUGGCCAUUUCUCUGCUAGGUAACAAGAACUCCAUCAAGAGACCACAUUUAGCAGAAAUUAAAGGAGCCACAUUGAAGACAAAUAAUGUUAUAGGUUUUAAUUGAUAAAUAUGUUAAUAGAUAAAAUUUAAUAAAUAUAUUAAUAGAUUUAGUUUAAUAAAUAUGUUGAGGGAUUUAAUUUAAUAAAUAUGUUGAUAGAUUUGAUUUAAUAAAUAUGUUGAUAAGAUUUAUUUUAAUAAAUAUAUUAAUAGAUUUAGUUUAAUAAAUUUGUUGAUGGAUUUGAUUUAAUAAAUAUGUUGAUAAAACUUGAUAAAUAUAUUGGUAGACUUUUAAGUAUAAAUCUAAGUAUGUCAAUAGAUUUGUGAUUUAGACACACUGUAAUUGUGUAAUCCUCCCAGGGUUGUCUAUUUAAUUACAUUGUGCAAUCCAGAAGAAUAGACUUAAACCUUGGUUGUUGUCAUUUCUUGCAGUGUGCCUUCAAAAAACUUUGCUUUACUUUUACGUGACCAGUAACAAAAGCGUAUUGAAUACUACUGCUCACAUUAUAAAUAUAUAAUGCUUUGUUAAUAUUCUUUUGUGUGAUAAAUACCCCAGGGGAGGUGUUUACAUUUAUUACUAAUAUAUUAUAGUUUGCUUUAUUGUGCAGUUGAUGAUUUAUGAAUAUUUGAUGUGGGUUUUUUAUUAAUCUUAUAAAAUAUCCAGUCAACAUUCCUUUUCAUGACAACUAAACAUUGAAUUACAUUUUUAUCUAAUGAUAAACCCAAAAUAUUUCUGAUGAUAUAAACCUGUUAGGCAAUUUGAAGUUGGUUAGAAAUUAAAGUAAAUAUUUAUUAUUUA